UAUAAAAAGUUCCCGAAUGGGUCGCACGACAAUAGACAAAAUGAACAAGUAGCUUAUCAAAAUUGUGGCUCUCCCUCCAUAAUCCCUCCAUUUUUAACUGCCAUCAACUCCUCUCGCUAAAAUGGCCAUGGCUUCCUUCUCCCAUAUCUCCGCGCGCACUUUCUCUCUUCGCCCUCACACCCAAGCCAACUUCUACCAUUGCGGCCACUCUUCUCUACAGAGCUUCGCCAUCGUAACCUACCAUGGGACCUUCAUCCUCUUCAAUUCCAAGCUCAAUCGCUCAUGUGAACCCAUCCUCACGCACACCAAUUUUCUCCAUUCUCCAGCUACUGUCGUUUUCUCAACUGGAAAUGGCGGCGGAGCCCCCGGGAACGGCGGGGGAGGGGGCGGCAGCGGCGGUAGUGGUGAAGAUGAGGAAGAACGGGACAUGAACAGGGAAGAGGCCAUGCUAGUGCUGGCGGAGGCCGGAAGGUCGCUGGAGAGUCUGCCGGCGGAUUUGGCAGCAGCUGUGGCGGCGGGGCGGGUGCCGGGAUUGAUACUGCAGAGGUACUUCGAGUUGGAGAAGUCGGCCGGGAUGCGGUGGUUGCUGAAGUUCGGAGGAUUUAAGGAGAGGUUGCUAGCGGAUGAUUUGUUCUUAGCCAAGCUUAUCAUGGAGUGUGUUGUUGUCAUCUUUACAAAGGCUGCUGCAGAACUGGAGCGGCGUAAAGAAAAAUUUACUAAGGAGCUGGAUUUUGUUGUUGCCAAUGUGGUAACAGGCAUUGUAACAGGUUUCGUGCUUGUAUGGUUUCCUGCUCCUGCAGUUCCUCUCAAAUGCCCUCCAGCAGUUAGUGCUGGACCUAUUGCUAAAUUCUUCUAUGGCUGUCCUGAGAAUGCUUUUCAGGUGGCUUUGGCUGGAACAUCAUAUACACUUAUACAGCGAAUAGGCGCUAUAGUGCGGAAUGGGGCAAAACUAUUUGUUGUCGGGACUGGUGCAUCACUGGUCGGUAUAAGCAUUACAAAUGCAUUGAUCAAUGCACAGAAGGUUGUUAAAAAAAAAUUGGCUUCUGAGAUUGAGAACUUACCUGUAAUAUCAACCAGUGUCGCAUACGGAGUUUACAUGGUGGUGGUUAGCAACAUCAGGUACCAAAUACUUGCAGGAAUUAUUGAGCAACGGAUUCUAGAACCGCUGCUAAGGCAAAACAAGCUUAUGCUAAGUGCAGCUUACUUUGCUGUUAGAACUGCCAACACUUACUGGGGUUCUCUUCUGUGGGUGGAUUUUGCUCGAUGGGCUGGAGUCCAGAAGAUAAAAGACUAGGCGUUAUUAUGCAUUACAAGAUAUUGCAAAGUAUGAAAGUAAUAUUCACUUUGGUCUUUCUCUUGGUAAACGAGAAACUAAAGUGCCAUGGCAUAAAAGUUUGAAGGUAAAUUGUAAUUUAAAAAUAUUAUUUGUACACCAAAAUCAGCUACUAAAAUUAGUCACCAAUGUAUUUGUAUACAAAUGUAUGUAUGAUUUAAUUUAUUUUUAAUAUGUAUUUAUAUUUUAAUAUGUAUUUUAAACUGAUAGCUGAUUUUGGUGGUUGAUUUUAGUGUACAUGUAGCAUAGUCGACUUUAAUUAAUGCUUCCUAAUUCCAAA